ACAAUAAUGACAUUGGCAGCGUUUAAUUUUUUAAUUUGAAUUAAGCGUCAAAAGAAUCGUAGCACGUUUUGUUUUGACAGAUAAAGUGGCGCCAAAUCCAUAUUUCAUAAUUUUUUCCGUCGAUUUGUUUUAUUUUCUACCUGAAUUCAUCAAUUAUAGCUGUGUCAGAAUGUCGAUUCAAGUAGAAAACAACCUCAAAAACAGUGAAGAUAAGGAAUUAUUCGAACAGAAAGCCCAUUACAUACCGUGCCAUAUCGAGGAAGACGGUCCCGCGAAUGUGAAAGCCUACUUCGAACCGUACGUUGUUGAUAAAGGAAAUGAAGGUCUAUCAGCAACGUUCCGGGGCCACUCAGUUGACGGAGUGAAGAUGCAGCUGCCUGAAGGCUACCGGGCUGUUAUAGUGACAGAGGGCAAGAGACCCUUGUCCGAGGAUGCUGAGAGAAAAUUUCAAGUAAUCGGCGGUUUCAAGGAACUCACUUAUUGGAAUUGGGACAAGACACCUUCGAGCAACGACAACUUAGCCAAAUCCAUGGUUUGGAUGGACAUUGCUGAGACGGUGGAACUAUCAACUAGUUGCAUAUGCCACCCGUGUUGGAAAAAAGCAGACAAAGCGAGCCAGGAAGACCUCGCAACCAGCACAUCGCAACCACCAACACACAACCACACCAACCACAGCAACAGCAUUGCACUACCAAACUAUUGCCGAGCCAUAGCAACAUCAUCCAGAUGCUUCGUCAGAGGAUGUCAGAAGACUGACAGAAGUCGAGUGACAGACUCUUUGAGGAAAAAGAUUCUAGACAAAUACAACUAUUAUAUACCGCAGAACAAUAGGUUGUGUAAGGUGCACGAGAAGGAUCAGUCGUGGGUGCUUCGGGACAAGGAAGAUGGCAACAGUUUGAAUGUGUUCACAGCUGUCCAUAUACAAGAUAUGUUUUCAUUGUCUUCUGUGAGAAUAUAAAUCAUUAUCAGUCGAUGGACCCCCACUGCUGGCAUGUAAGAGCCUCGCUGUUGGAAGGCUUUGGUCGUGGCUAGUUACCACCCUACCGACAAAGACGUACCACCAAGCGAUUUAAGGGUGUGUGUGUGUGAUUUUCAUCCUCUUCCUAAUAAGUUAGCCCGCUUUCAUCUUAGAUUGCAUCGUCACUUGCCAUCGGGUGAGAUUGUAGUCAAGGGCUAACUUGUAGAGAAUAAUAAAAAAAAUUAUUGAUUUAGAGUACCUGAUACUUACUUAUUACAUUACAAGGGAGAUUUUAGGAGAUAAUAUGUCUAGGAAUGAAGAAAGUGUUUUGUGUUUUAAAAGAUAAUUUUUUUUUUCUUCUUUUCUAUUUUUUACAAGUUAGCCCUUGACUACAAUCUCACCUGAUGGUAAGUGAUGAUGUAAUCUAAGAUGGAAGCGGGCUAACUUGUUAGGAGGAGGAUGAAAAUCCACACCCCUUUCGGUUCCUACACAUCGUACCGGAACGCUAAAUCGCUUGGCGGUACGUCUUUGUCGGUAGGGUGGUAACUAGCCACCAGCCAGACCUGGACCAAUUAAGAAAACCUCAAUCGGCCCAGCCGGGGAUCGAACCCAGGACCUCCGUCAUUAAAUCCACCGCGCAUACCACUGCGCCACGGAGCCGUCAGAUAAUAAUGAAUAGCUAAGAUAAUGUUUAUUAAUACACAGUUAUAAUAAUAAAAA